AUGGCCAUGAAAAUGAUAACUGCAGAUCCUCUAGCUGUUGGGAGGGUGAUUGGAGAUGUCAUUGAUUGCUUCACUCCAACAGUACAAAUGACCGUCACUUACAACUCCAACAAGCAGGUUUUCAAUGGUCAUGAGUUCUUCCCUUCUGCAGUAACCUCUAAACCCAGAGUUCAGGUUCAUGGCGGCGACAUGAGAUCCUUCUUCACUUUGGUUAUGACAGAUCCAGAUGUUCCUGGCCCUAGUGAUCCAUACCUGAGAGAGCAUUUGCACUGGAUAGUCACAGACAUUCCAGGCACAACGGACGCCUCAUUCGGAAAAGAGUUGGUGAAGUAUGAAAUGCCAAGGCCGAACAUAGGGAUACACAGGUAUGUUUUUCUGCUAUAUAAGCAGAAACGCAGGCAGUCAGUGACGAAAAUACCGACUUCAAGAGACGGAUUCAACGCAAGAAAAUAUGCGGAAGAGAACGAGCUUGGACCUCCAGUGGCCGCUGUGUUCUUCAAUGCUCAGAGGGAAACCGCCGCGAGAAGACGUUGA